GUUUGAUCAUUCCUCGUCUGAAAUCAUGCGCAGCUCAUCGCGAUUUCUCGCCGCUGCACAGACUCCACUCUCUGCCUACGUUGAUUAUUUGCAACGUGUCGACAAAGAAUUGCCUUCUCUGCAUGAAAUCUUCCCCAAAUCAAAUGCUAUUGAGGAUGUUAUCAAGUUUCACUCCUCUCUUUGUGCGCUAAUGGAAGAGAAUGCGUUUCCUCUUGUGGGAAUCAAGGUUCUCCCACCGUCAAGUGAAGCUGUCAGGACAUUAAAGGGAACUCGACCUGUCUGCGUUCCUGUGUUUGCGAAUAUGUUUCAGCGUGGGCCAAUGUCGGUCAAAAACGACCGUCUUCAGUACGUCGAGGCUGCCAUAUGUUUUGAGAUGGCGCGUCUCCUCGACGAAUGCGACACCGUUGACAGCGCCGCCUCCAACGUAGUCUCUUUAUCGCCGAGUAUCGAAGUGAACGGGUCGCGAUUUCCAUUCUAUGCACCAACGCUCGCAUCCUUGGCUUGUGAUCUUGCUGGGUGUGUAAAUAUUGCCAAAGGGAAAGGUAUUCAGGUGGGAAGCGAGGAGAAGGUACACGUGGCGCACCACCGUUUCGUACUCACGCACAACCAGGAGCCAGUGCAAGUUGGAGGAGGUAAGCAAUGCAUGGAAACCCCAUUUGCAGCAGUGGUUGCGGCGGCCCAAUACGUGAAAGCAAUGAAGGCACCCCGAGAAAGAAACUUAUAUGUGUUUUGUGGUGGGGUGUGUAACCGUACACCGGCUCAAAGUGGCACGUACGCUUUUGAAUGGGGAAAAUGGGGUCGGCUAACCUACUCUCUGCUUCCGUAA